GAAAUGUUGCUAGACCAAUCACAUCUGUGUUUACACCAUCACCUGUCAAACGCACACCCUCUGCUAGAUUUCUCUCUGUAAAGUGUGGAGGGUCGUUGCAGGAAAGAGAGACGAUUGGAUCACAUAGAAGUGUGCAGCACAGUGUAGGAGCUGAAAAACAGACUCACACUGAAGCGCUUACGGUAGCCGCUAACUGGACGGACUCUCUGGCAAUCGACCUUUGCAGUGGAAUAGCGGAAUAAGUCUUGAACUAUGAGCUCAGUGGCAGUGUUGACCCCUGAGAGCUUUGCGGAGCACCGCAGCGGCCUGAAAGACGAGGAGAUGAUCGGCUGUGUCCCGGAGGAUGAGGCCUACAUCCCCACCUACUUGGAGGCCUUCCCGCCAUUGCCAGAGAAGGGUGCACCGGGGGAGAAGGCCGGGGAGGUGGCCCCUGCCUGGGGGGGAAAAAUUAGACCUAUCAAAGCUUCCGUCAUCACGCAGGUGUUCCACGUGCCCCUCGAGGAGCGCCGCUACAAGGACAACAGCCAGUUUGGGGAAGGUGAAGAGGCUAAAGUGUGCUUGGACAUCAUGCAGCGGACAGGAGCCCACAUUGAGCUGUCCCUGGCUAAAGACCAGGGCCUAUCCAUCAUGGUCACCGGCAAACUGGACUCUGUGAUGAAGGCUCGAAAGGAAAUUGUAGCGCGACUGCAGACUCAGGCCUCAGCCACGGUGGGCAUCCCCAAGGAGCACCAUCGCUUUGUCAUCGGCAAGAAUGGCGAGAAGCUGCAAGAGCUGGAGCUGAAGACGGCCACCAAGAUCGCUAUUCCACGCCCAGACGACCCCAGCGCCAACAUCCGCGUCACCGGCACCAAGGAGGGUAUCGAGAAGGCCCGUCAUGAGAUACUCCUGAUCUCGGCGGAACAGGACAAGCGUGCAGUGGAGCGUCUCUCCCUGGAGAAGGUCUUCCAUCCCUUCAUUGCUGGCCCACACAACCGGCUGGUGCAGGAGCUGAGUCAGGAGACUGGCGCCCGCAUCAGCGUCCCUCCACCCAGCCUGCCGAAGGACGAGAUCGUCAUCACCGGGGAGAAGGAGGCUGUUGCCCUGGCGCUCAGCCGCAUCCGAGCCAUCUACGACGACAAGAAGAGGAAGACAACCACCAUCUCAGUGGAGGUGAAGAAAUCACAGCACAAGUACAUCAUCGGCCCCAAGGGUAACACCUUGCAGGAGAUCCUGGAGGCCACGGGGGUGUCGGUGGAGAUGCCCCUGCUGGAUUCAGGCUCAGAGACCAUCAUUCUCAGGGGGGAGCCGGACAAGCUGGGACCGGCCCUCACACAGGUCUAUGCCAAGGCCAAAAGUGUGAUUGUGGUGGAGGUGAUGGCCCCGGCCUGGCUGCAUCGAUUCAUCAUCGGCAAGAAGGGACAGAACAUUGGGCGGAUAACGCAGCAGCUGCCACGGGUUCACAUUGAGUUUACCGAUGGCGAGGAGCGUAUCAGCCUGGAGGGGCCGACUGAGGAGGUGGAGCAGGCUCAGGCCCACAUACAAGAGAUCAUCCAGGACCUGGUCUGGGGGGGGAUAUUUAAUGUCUCCUUCGAUUUGUCAUAUUUUUCAUUUUUUCUUACAAGAUCUUGUUUUGUCCCCAUCUGUGUCCAGCUGGUAAGGAUGGACUACACUGAGAUCAACAUAGACCAGCGUUUCCACAGACACCUCAUUGGGAAGAAUGGCGCCAAUAUCAAUCGGAUCAAGGAGCAGUACAAAGUAUCAGUAAGAAUCCCGCAGGACUCAGAGCGAAGCGGCUUGGUUCGGAUUGAAGGAGACCCCAAAGGCGUCCAGCUGGCUCGCAGGGAACUCGUUGAGAUGGUCCAAAGAAUGGAGAACGAGAGGACCAAAGACCUGAUUGUGGAGCACAAGUUCCAUCGGACAAUCAUUGGCCAGAAGGGAGAGAAGAUAAAGGAAGUUCGAGACAAGUUCCCUGAGGUCAUCAUCAACUUCCCCGACCCGGCGCAAAAGAGCAACAUCGUGCAGCUGAGAGGGCCCAAGAGUGAGGUGGAGAAGUGUGCCAAGUUCCUCCAGAAGAUGAUUGCUGACCUGAUAGAAAACAGCUUCUCGCUGUCUGUUCCCAUCUUCAAGCAGUUUCACAAAAACAUCAUUGGUAAAGGUGGCGCCAACAUCAAAAAGAUCCGCGAGGAGACCAACACUAAGAUCGACCUGCCCACAGAGAACAGCAACUCUGAGAUGAUCGUCAUCACAGGCAAGAAGGGCAACUGUGAGGCGGCCAGAGACCGAAUCCUCGCCAUCCAGAGAGAACUGGCCAACAUUAAAGAGACGGAGGUCGCCAUCCCAGCAAAGCUCCAUAACUCCCUGAUUGGCUCCAAGGGCUGCCUGGUUCGCUCCGUCAUGGAGGAGUGUGGCGGCGUCCACAUCCACUUCCCCUCAGAGGGCUCUGGCUCAGACAAGGUCACCAUCAGGGGACCUGCUGGGGAGGUGGAGAAGGCCAAGAAGCAACUGCUGCAGCUGGCUGAGGAGAAGCAAGUCAACAACUUCACAGUUGAACUGCAGGCCAAGCCUGAGUACCACAAGUUCCUGAUCGGCCGCGGCGGGGCUAAUAUUCGCCGUGUACGAGACAGGACGGGCGCCCGCAUCAUCUUUCCGUCGCCUGAUGACACGGAGCAGGAACUGAUCACCAUCGUGGGGAAGGAGGAGGCUGUUCGUCAGGCACAAAAAGAACUAGAAAGCCUGGUGAAAAACUUGGACGAUGUAGUGGAGGACACCAUGGAUGUGGACGUCCGCCACCAUCGCCACUUUGUGUGCCGCAGAGGUCAGGUGUUGCGAGAACUUGCCGAGGAAUACGGCGGCGUGGCUGUGAGCUUCCCUCGCACGGGUGCCAACAGCCAAAAGGUUUCUCUGAAAGGGGCCAAGGACUGCGUGGAAGCUGCCAAGAAACGCAUCAGGGAGAUCAUUGAGGACCUGGAGUCCCAGGUGAGUGUGGAGGUGGCAAUCCCUCAGCGCUACCACCGCACUAUCAUGGGGCCUAAAGGUAGCCGCAUUCAGCACCUCACCCGGGAGCAUGAGGUCCAGAUCAAGUUCCCAGAGAGAGAAGAAGCCUUUGCAGGUUCAGAGGCGUCGCCACAAGAAAAUGGGGAUGUGAGCCCAGAGGUAGAGUUUGUCCCCCGCAAGUGCGACAUCAUCACCAUAUCAGGGCGAGCGGAGAAGUGUGAGCUGGCCAAAGCUGCCCUGCUGGCCUUGGUCCCCAUCACGGAGGACGUGGAGGUGUCUUAUGAGCUUCAUCGUUACAUCAUUGGGCAGAAGGGCAGCGGAAUCCGAAAGAUGAUGGAGGAGUAUGAGGUGAACAUCUGGGUGCCGCAACCAGAGAAGCAGCUGGAUGCCAUCAAGGUGACGGGCCUGGCUGCCAAUGUACAGCGAGCCAAGCAGGGUGUGCUGGAGCGGGUCAAAGAGCUCCAGGCGGAGCAGAAGGACAGGGUAAAGAUGCUGCGGAGCUUCAAGGUAACCAUGUCUGUAGAGCCAAAGUUCCAUCCGAAGAUCAUCGGACGCAAGGGGGCGGUCAUCUCCCAGAUUCGAAAAGAGCACGACGUCAACAUCCAGUUCCCUGACAAAGGAGACGAGCAACAGGACCUGAUUGUCAUCUCGGGAUAUGAGGGCAACGUGGAGGAGGCGUGUCAGGCAAUCCGGCAGCUUGUGGCUGAGCUUCAGGAGAUGGUCAGCCAGGAUGUGCACUUGGACCCGAGGACGCACGCCCGCAUCAUUGGUGCCCGCGGUAAAGCCAUACGCAAGCUGAUGGAGGAGUUUAAGGUGGAUAUACGCUUCCCUCCACCAAACUCCGACGAGCCCGACAAAGUGACAGUGACGGGCCUUCCUGAGACAGUGGACAGUGCCAUCGACCACCUGCUCAACCUGGAGGAAGAAUAUAUUCUCAGCGUGACAGAGACUGAGACGUUGGCAGCAUACAUGAAGCCUCCAUCGCGCUAUGGAGGAGGUAGAGGCGGAGCAGGCGGAGCGGAUGAUGGCAGUGGGGGUCCGGCGAAAGGCUUUGUGGUGCGUGACGCUCCCUGGAACGCCACAGAGAAUAAGGCCCCAGACAUGACCAGUGCCGAGGACUUCCCCACGUUUGGGACAGGCGUGACCCCCAAGCAGAUGUCCGCCUGGGGUCCCAAGAAGUUUUGAAAGCAGAUCCACUGAGACAACAGACAUCUAAUCAAAUUGCUGCUCACCUUCCUUCCUUCCUCCCGAAUGUUGCUGCAAUGCAUUCUGGGAGAUUGGUUCCUCUCUUCUCCUUUGCCCCCUAAGAGAGAACAAGAAUGUCGCACUCUCUUUAAUGUCCCGCUCUGCCUCUCAGCUGGCCCUACCAUUGCCGGUUCAUUUCUUAAAGGUUUUGUCUUGGAACUGCACAGACUGCCAAACUCAACUCACUGCUAAUUCUUUUCCUGUGCUUGGCUGCAUGUGUGUGUGUGUGUGUGUGUGUGUGUGUGUGUGUGGUGUAGAUUAUUUUCAGGCAAACCGGCUGCUGUAGUUUUCUUUAAAAAAAAAAAAAAGGACUCAUGAUGAGGCGACUUCUUGCACUGAUCUCAUGCUCUGUUUAUUUAUUUAUUCAAAAAAGGAGCCAUUUCAUUUGGACUACUGUGAUCUACUAUUUUUUUAAAAAGCACCCACUGUAGCAACAUUAUGUUUGUGGGUGAACAAUGUUCUUCAGGGUUUGGGAACAUGUCGCCAGUGGUUACUGUACGUGUAUAAAGAGUUUUUUGCUAUUUUUUUAAAUUGUGAGGGAAUUUUUUUGUUGGUGGUAUAUUUGAGUGUGUGUGUGUGUGUGUGUGCUUGAGAUGUGUGUUUGGAUGAAGCUGAACCAAACUUGGACUGACUUGGUCAUUUACUCUAAGAGCUUCUCAUUAAUGCUUGAUAUUUUUGUCAAAGUGCAAUCAAAAGCUGCUCAGAAGUGGGCGAUACUACAAAUUUUGAUAUCAAUCCAAUACCAAGUAAAUACAGGGCCAGUAUCGUAUCGAUACGUAUUCUUUUUACUUGGGCAUUUUUAAAUAUCAUUGAAUGAUUUUCAGAUUUUGCCUUUAAUUUGUUGAUCGUGAUUAUAAUCAGACUAAAACACAGGACAAAGACUUCACGCAAAACAACUUGUAUCAACAAACAUAUUUGUGAAUAAUUUAAGAAAUGGUUAUACAACAAUACAAGACAGUGUAACAAUAUAAAUAAAAUACAAUUUUUUUUUCGCAAAAUAAAGUCAAUAGUGCUAAAUAAGUAAAAGAGCUACUAAUAACUACUUUUAUGAUAUAUAUAUAUGAACAACACAAUAAAUUAAAUAAAAAUGUUUGCGCUCAUACCUCUAGUAUCGAUCCGGUACCGAUAAGGCCCUAAAAUCGCCGAUUUCAAUAUUUGGAUCGAUCGGCCCACCUCUGUCCUAGCUUUCCCCACAAAAGAAUCAAAGCAACUUCCUUUCACUCAUCUCCUUAUCGUUUGCAGCAAAACUCAUAUUUCAGUGUAGUCGCAUAGCAUUGUAGGAUUUCUUUCUUUUUUUUUUGAGAAUGAAAUGUUACAUUUAAAGUUAAUUUAAGCAAAUUUAGUUGUGGCUGGGAUUAGCGUUGUUUAGCAUGGCGUUAAACAUAAAAUGUAGGCCAAUCCGCUGCUUUUAAUGCCACGCCAUCAACAAGCGGAAUGAUUUUAAAAUGUCUCACAUCGUCACUGAAGCUCUGGGUCAACGUCAGCACGUAGAGUCGCCGGAUUUUAGUCGAGGCUGAAAGAGCACGUCUCCCAUGAUGCUUAGCGAUUGUGGGGUUAUCUGAGUAAAAUGAGUUUUUAACGUAACUCGUCAAGAAAAUGAGUAGAAAGUGAUCACAUCUGUAUGAAAACCCUCAGGGUCCAAUUUGGUGCAUAAAUUCGUCUUUUAACAGCAGAGGGCAGGUUGAUGAAACAGACUAUGCAACCCAGGGAUGUACUGUAUUUUAUUUGGGUUUUUUUUUAAGUUGUAAAAGUCAUGACGUUGUUGCUUCAUGCUUGUCUGAUCUUCAAUGGCAGGACAGAGCUGCCCCCCACAGCAGCUAUAAUUUCUGUGAAAAGCUACCAAGAAAAACACACUAUUGGCCUUAAUAAGUAAGAAAUCAACAGCAUUUUGACAAAAGGUGUGAUUGUGUAAGUAAGUACUGUACUGCAAUAAAAAAAAAUGUCAGUUGACUUUGUUUCUUACUCUAAAUAAAAUUUGACAGAAAAGGAGCAUGUCCUU